CUGCCGAGCGCUGCGCCGGCCUCCCGCAAUAUGCCUCCGCUGCCCCCGGGCUGCUCGCCAUGCCGGGCACCUGCGGGCGCCUCUCCGCGCUGCUCCCGGGGCUGGCGGCCGCGCUGCUGCCCGCGCUGCUGGUGCUGAUGAUGGGGCGGCCGCCCCCCGCCGCCGCCGCCGCCACCCGCCCGCAGCAGCAGCGAGCGGCGCUGCCCGGGGGCGCCCCCGCCGCGGCAUCAGGUACCGAAACAUUCUCUGCAUCAGGUACCGAACCCUUCCCUUCAUCAGGAUCCGUUUUCACCCUGAAAGUUCAAGUAAAUGACAUCAUCAGCCACCAGUACCUGCCACAAGCAGUGGUAGAGGUGUUUGUUAACUACACCCUGACAAAUUCCACUCUUACUGGGAACAAUGGAGCAGUGUUGGUAAAAGUCCCCUACAAAUUAGGAUUAAGUUUAACUAUUGUCUCAUACAAGGAUGGCUACCUGCUGACACCUUUGCCUUGGAAGACUGCGAGGAUGCCAAUAUAUUCAUCCGUGACGCUCUCAUUAUUCCCACAAAGUCAAGCUAAUAUAUGGCUGUUUGAAGAUACUGUCUUAAUUACUGGAAAACUGUCUGAUGCCAAAUCUCAACCGAGUGUUCAGUUUCCAAAAUCUUUAAUGAAGCUUCCAACAAAUCAUUUUGCAAAUUUUACAGCCUACCUGACAGUGCCAGAGCAAUUUUUGAAAGUGGACAGCUUUCUGUAUACAACAGGAAUUAUUCUAAAUAAAUCAGGUUUCAAAAGCAUGGAAUUAACUCCUCUCGCUGCCAUAUGUGUAAAUGUUCUUUUGGCUGGGAAAGAACUGAACAUAAAGGGUCCCAUUCAGGUUACACUUCCUCUUCCCACAACUACUGUAAAAUCAGGAGAUGCUGUACCUGCCUGGACAUUUGAUAUGAAAAUUGGUGCUUGGGUAAACCGUGGGCUAGGAAUGGUGAAGGAAGUGGAUGGCCAGUUGGUUUGGACAUACAAUGCUCAGCACUUGGGCUACUGGAUAGCAGCUCCACUGCCUGGAACAAGAGAAUCCAUUAUCAGUGCUGUUUCCAAGGACAUAACAGCCUAUCACACAGUGUUCCUUACGGCCAUACUGGGAGGAACAGUUGUCAUUAUCAUUGGAUUUUUUGCUGUUCUUCUUUGUUACUGCAGGGAUAAGUGUCGUCAGACACAGAAGAAGGAAAAAAACUCAACCAAGCUGGAGGUGAUAAAAAAAGACCAGACAACGUCAACAACUCACAUAAAUCACAUCAGUGCUGUCAAAGGGUCUUUAAAGCUAGAGGAUAAGUCACAGUUAUAUACACCGAAGAUUUCUUCAUACAGCCCUCAAAGGAGGCUGUCCAUAGACACAGAAGAUGGAAAAUCACAAGACAAUUUUAAAAUCUACUCAGAGGAUGCUUCGUAUCAGUCGUCCUGUCAGACUGGUCAGGCAGGAAAUUCAGCCCAUUCAGUGGAGCCUGGUGCUGGAGUGAGGCUUUUACAGCAGCCAAAGCACAGUAACAGUACUAUUUCCCAGGCUCCUAGGGACAUUCCAGACCAAAACAGGUACCUUUCCCUGAAAGAAGAGAUCUAUGGGCUUUCCCAUAUCCCAGAACAUCUAAUGCAUAUUUACAAUCAGCCUAUUGCUAUUCUUCAAACCUCAGACCUUUUCCACUCCCCAGAGCAACUGCAUCCUGCUAAAUCAGCAACUUUGCCAAGGAAAGGGCAGCUGGUGUAUGGCCCCUUGAUGGAACCCAUGAAUCGUGACAGUUACAUGCAAACGCUCCCCAAAAUGCCAGUGCACUCUCAUCCUCAGCCUUCUGCCUGCAGAGAUGAGAGCAGUGCCCUGGAUGGUGAAGAGGGCUUGCCUUCCCAAGCAUCCAACUGGGGCCGGUACACCAACAGCUUAUUGGAAUCUGUCUCUGUUCCUGGGACACUGAAUGAAGCAGUUGUAAUGGCUCCGUUUUCAUCCGAGCUUCAAGGGAUUUCAGAGCAAACAUUGCUGGAGCUCUCUAAAGGAAAACCAUCUCCACAUCCUCGAGCGUGGUUUGUGUCCCUGGAUGGAAAGCCAAUUGCUCAAGUGAGGCAUUCUUUCAUUGAUCUGAAAAAGGGCAAAAAAACUGAGAGUAAUGAUACUAGUCUGGACUCUGGUGUGGACAUGAAUGAGCAUCAUCCUAACAGGAAACUGGAGAGAGAGAAAACUUUCAUUAAAAGUAUGCCACAUUCUAAGAUUCUUUACUUGGAAGAUCUGGAUCUGAGUGGCAGUGAAAGUGGGACCACUGUUUGCACUCCAGAGGACCAGGCUGUGAGACACAUUAUGGAAGGAGGGACCGGGCCAGUCUUAGAACAACAUAAUGAGGAAGGUCUAAGGAAAAAAUCUCUACCAGGAAGUCAUGAAUCUGGUAUCCCUUCUGCUAAAAAAAGGGAUAGACCACCUCUCAUGAAAAGAGAUAGCAAAACCAAUAUCUGGAAGAAAAGAGAGGAGAGGCCGCUUAUUCCUAUAAAUUAAAACACAAUGUGCUUUGUGCUGUUGCUCUCCCUGCUGGUUGUUGAUCUCUUGCCUGCUUCUGUAAUUCUGCAGUGUUGGGUUUACAAAGGAAAUGUUGUUUUCUAGUAUCAAGAAAAGUUUCAUUUUUUAACAUACAGUUUGAGUUACCAAACUUCAGCUGGGCAAUUGAUAUUCCAUGUGAAUUGAAAACAGGGAAAUGCUACUAUUAAACUUUUCCGGUUCCUAAUUUUACUGUCAGUAUGAGGAAGGCCCACAUUUUACUUAGCCUGUCAUUCUUGGACACACUUUUGGGAAUGCACAGUGAGAAAUGUAGGCACAUGAUUUAAUUUUUUUGUACUUGUUGCUAAUGCAAUGGUAGCCUAGUUAAAGCCAUUCCUAGCCUUGUUCCUAAUCAACAUGACCAUCUGUACAGUAUUUUAUAUGUGAACUUUUCUAUCUGUUACUACUUCUUUGUAUAAUGUCAAAUGUUUCAUCCGUUGGUCCCAUGACACCAGCAGAUGAGCUCUGCUGGAUUUAUCAGCAGAGCUCUAUAGCAUUACUGCCCUCCCUGUGUGCCCAUCCAUGUGCAAUUCCAUACAACACUGGGGGAAGGGGAAGUGUACAAGUGUGGCCACUGCAGGUCUCCACUAUCUUAAGGUGUUUCCCAUCUGCUUUGUUUAAUUCUGCUUUAUUAUGGCCCAUGGAUAUUGAAGACUGUAAUGGGCUAUGAAGGGUCCGUGUCCAGCAGAAAAGGACUGGUUCUGGUAGCAUUUGGAACUGCUCCCACUCCUGAACCCAGUGUCUUGUUUUGGCUUCUUUGUCUGUGAAAAUCUUCUCUUCUGUAUGCUGUUGGGCCAGCUGUGCUCCAGAAUAUAGUCUUGAAUCUCUGCCUAUUUCUAAGUGAGAGUUUGGCCCAAGAUGAAGAAGUGUGCAAGAUUAGAAAAAUUAUGCCUUGGAAAGAGUUUCUUGAGCAGGAAAUCUCGGCACCGUUGCUUUUUGUUUUAUGUUUAAAACAAUGGGAGAUCAUUUGAGGUUUUUGUGCCUACAUUUUGCCAGCCUGAGCUGCUUUUGUCUAGGUUUGCAGAGGAGUUAAACAGGCUUUAAAAGUUGGGGGGGAGGUUAUGAGCAUGAGACAGCAGAUUGCAAAAAUUUGGUCUACAAUGCAAUAUAAAUACUAUUUAUGACUCAUCUUAGAGUUAAAUUUACCAAAAGUCAUGAAUGCAUGAAUUGUAACUAAGAUAUAUAUAGAGGAAGGAAAGGCCAUCAGAAUAUUCUUUAAUUUUAAUGUUCAUCUUGUCAAAGUGAUCAUUUCAACUUUGGCUAACAGAAAAAUGGAUGCAUCUCUUAAUGUGCUUCAUAUAGUAAACAGAAUGUAUUUCUGUGGUUUUGAGGCUGUUUCCCUGAUGAAAUAAGUUCCAGCAUUUUGGCUUUGGCAGUUUGAUUAUAAAUCAUCCUAAAAGGCUUUAUAAAUAUUUCCCUUAGAGCUUGGUUAAGGGUCUGUACCAAGACCCAAACAUACAAUGCCUGUAUUUGAAUUGUGAUGUGAAAGGACCUCAGUUGUCUGCCUUGUAGUACGCUCAAGAGUUGGGAAGUAUCCUAUGCAGCUGGGCUUCUGGGAAUAUUUACUCAGGAAAUAUUACUGUGAAAUAUGUCUGUUGUGUUGGGAUUGUCAGUUGUUUGGUGCUGUUUCUAGAACAAUAUGGAUGGUAACCAGGAUGGUACCAGCAAUGCAUCAGUCCAUUGUGAGCAUUUGCUUCAUGAACAAAAUGUUCCUAUUGAGUUCACAAGUAUGAAAGUGCAAAUUAAGUUUGAGAUAGGUGUGUGUAUGGUAGGUUGACCUUGGCUGGAUGUCAGGUGCCCAUCAAGCUGCUCUAUCGUUCCCCUUUCCCAGGUGGACAGGGGAGAGAAAAUAAGAUGGAAGGCAACUCCUGGAUUGAGAUAAAGCAGUUUGCUAAGGCAAAAGCAAAAGUCUUCAUGUGCACAAAA